AUGGCCAGAUACCGAGGUCUGUGUUCGGCAUUAUAACCCAUACAAUAAAACAUCUGCUUAUAAAUAUGCAAGGGAAUCCUACAGUGUUGGACUUAAAAAAAUGCAGCAUGUUUUUUUUCCCCUGCAUGCAUGUUGCAGAAAACAAAACUGUUAUUUGUAGACAAGAAAAGUCCAAUGUAGCCUAUGUCUGACAGGUUGGAUUAGAGGAGUCAAGGUUGUUAUUUAUAGAUACAUAUAAAUUUAUGUUUAUAUGUAUAUGUUUAUGAGUAAAUCAUUUACCUCUGUCUGCAUCCUCUGUUAGAUCCUCACCUCCCUCUGUCAUCCCUCCACCUCCUCAUUCCUCCUCUGAGGAUGACUGCAGCUUGCAUGUGGCAGGUGGCCUUGGACCGAAAUGUGGACCGGUAUGAACAACUGGCUGAAUUCAUCACACUGGUGACAGAGAUAGUCCCAGAUCUUCUGAGCUCCAGGCAGAGGACUCAGCUCAUCCUGGGACUGAGAGCAAGGGUGAGUAAAUGCAAAUACUGUAUAAAGGCUGUCAAAUAAGAAAUUAGUUAAAGAAUUCAACAUAAAUGUUAGUGUUCUGAUAUUUAGAUUAUCGUGGAACUGAUUACAAAGCAAGAUCCCAUCAGCUGUGAGGCUGUAGAGAAACAUCUCAACAUAUUUCAAAAGAUCACAUUGAACCACAAUCAAAAAAAGGUAACUGGAUUGAAAUAAAGAAUUAAAAUGGCAAGGAUAACACAGAUGUGAAGGUAACUCUCUUCUGGGCUUUGUCCUAGCGUCACGAUCAACAGGUGCAGAAAUCAAAGUCUGCAUUUGUGAAGCAGGUUCAGACACUAAUCAAGGACAAAGACAAGAAUCACGAAUUUGUCAAGGUGAGUUUUUCACUUUCAAGCUGUGUACUUGUUAUUCUACAGUUAAGAUAAUCAUGCCAUGCGUUCAUUCUAUUUUUCUCUCCAAGGAGGUCCUUCCAGAGCUGUAUGGCCCCCGCUUUGACACCAUGUUGCAGAUUUUGGUGUGGGAGUGUCUCUACAGGCUGGAGGAGCUUCUCCCUGUACCAAAUUUCUCCAGGGUAAGAAGCAAACAGUCAUUUUUGUGCACUUUAUGAUGAGCAAUUGAUACAAGUACUGCAUUCAUUUUGGUUCAAGUAGUGACAGAAGUCUUUUCAUCUUCACAGAUUUAUUCGGCUGGCAGAUGCAUGUGUCUUUGAGGCAGUGUUUUAAAUAUGACUGUUUCUGUCAGCGCUCUAAUGAGAACACAGGUUAUUAAUACAAAAGCAAAUGCUGUCUUCAGAGCUGAAACUGACCAUCAGAAAAAAGUGAAAAUAGACACUUUUUUUCAUUUAACAGAAACUCUUUUUUAUCUUUUAUAGGUGUCCUCCUUUAUCGACCUGUCCUCCUUUGACUCCCAGUUUGAUCAGUUUUUCUGUAACCACGAUGAUGUAAAGAGGAUUCUGCAGCAUCAAAAGAAGAGAAUGAAGCUGAAAAAAAGUAGAUAUUUGUGUGUUUCUCAUCAUCAAACAAAUAAUAUGAAAACUCCAAAGUGCACUAUAAAUCUUUGGAUACAUUGAUGUUAUCUGUAAAUUACUUUAUCUCAACUAGUCAUAGUUAUUUUUUGUCUUCAGGUGAAUUCUCCUUCACAUCAGAUACUAUCCUGGCUGCCCUGGCAUCUAAACAGCCAUCAGCACCAUCAGAAAUUCAAACUGAAGACUUAAGAGAUGAAGAGGGUGGAGAUGGCACAGACUCAAGAGAUGACAGCAAUGAUGAAGAGACAGAAGACAGUUCAGAUGAGUCUAUAAACUCACGAUGGCAAGACAGAGGGCUAUCUCCGCUAACAGACUCUCCUUACUCCGAAGGAGGUGAGUUGGAGGGGCAAGAUGUCAUAGAUGAGAUACUAGAGCUUAUUAAAUGACUUCGGACAGAUAUAGUACAAAACAUUAUUGAAGAAUAUCGAGAUCAAGAUUAGUAAUCAUACUUUUCAUGUAGGUUGGGGCACUUUUAUUGUAAUUUCAUAGUUAUAUAAACAAAACGACAUGUUCUUGUUCUUAAGGGAUGAAGCACACAUUUUUUGUUAAUAUUGCAGUCAAUCAUGUUAAUUGUAUUUUAAACCUGUGGCGAGGCUUACUUUUUUACCAGUGCAGGCUUAACUUAACUUGUUGCUAAUCUUGCUACCCAUUAGCUAUCUGAUGAUGGUAUAUGCCUCUACAAACUAAGUUGUUGUUGUUAUUAUUUUUUGUUGGGGGGGGGGGGGGGGGGUGUUAAUGUAGCCAGUUAAUGUAGUCAGCGGUCAAGAGCGAACAACAUCCAGCCAAAAUCUUCUUUUCCUAGUCAAACUGUCAAAUUAGUCAACCUGAGAAUCAACUGCAAGUUUAGACUGAACACAAAGUAAACAAAAACUGAACUACUUCCCAUUCCAAAAGUAGUCUCCAUAUCGAAAUCCCGAUCCAAAUUCUGUGUUUGUAUGCAGAACCUUGAAAUCGAGUUAAUCCUAUUGCUAAUCAGUGUUCUAAAAUGUUGUGUAUAAUGUGUAUUUGAAUUCUAGUUCAAGCUACAAAAAAAGGCUUGUAAAAUGUGUUCCUUUACAAAGUUCAAGAAAUCUUUACUAAAUUUAAUUAUUCUUAUCAUUUUUGUUUUUCCUUCCAGAAAAUGCCAGCAGUGUGGUCUCUCCAGGCACCCAAGUUGUUCAUGAAACAAAAGGGACACCCCUGGAGUAUAACCCAGAGGAUCCUGUAGCAAACAGUGCAAAAGCACAGGAAAAUUUUAACCCCGGGGGGUUCAAGGUGAACUUAGCUUCCUGUUUAAAAGACAUUGAGGAUCUCACCUGUCCUGUGUGCUACAAAACUUUCUGUAGUGCAAUAGCUGCAAGACGCCAUCGAAAAAGAGCACAUCCAAUGCCUGAGCAGGUGUUUCGCUGUGACAAAUGUGACAUGACUUUCCAGACUAAGUGGCGUUUGGACCAGCACUAUCAAGCUCACUCCAUCAAGAAGCCGUAUGUUUGUUCCCACUGCGGCAAAGGGCUUUCCUGUCCAAAAGUGUUAGAAACUCAUAUGCGACUUCACACAGGGGAGCGUCCAUAUGCCUGCAAGUUAUGUGAUAAGAAAUUUGACCAGAAGUACACACUGACUCAACACAUGAGAGUACACAGCGGAGAGAAACCAUACCUGUGCAGUGUAUGUGGGAAAGCUUUUGCAAUCAAGGGAGCUCUGCGGGUCCAUACACGUCUGCACACCGGUGAAAGACCGUACCACUGCAAGGAAUGUGGACAAAGUUUUAGGAUUAUUUCAUAUCUUAAAAGCCACCAACUACUUCACACAAAAGAGCGUCCUCAUACCUGCUCUCAGUGUGGGAAGAGCUUCCGCCUCUAUGGUGGGUGGAAAAUGCAUAUGAGAAUUCACACUGGAGAAAAACCAUACCAGUGUGUCGUGUGUGAAAAGAGAUUUUGCUCAUCAGGCAACCUGAAGAUACACAUGAAAAGUCACAAAACAACAAAAUCAGCUCAAGUAUCUACAGAGUGA